AUGCCAGCAGCAGAAACCCUUGAUAGUUCAUUCAGUAUGAAUGGACAAGAAAGUUUUCAACAAAUGGACGUUCUCCCUCUAUUACUUCAGGCACAAGAUCUCGUAUCUAAAUUGGAAAAUCGAGUUGUUGAAUUGGAAACCGAUUUAGAGUAUAGAACAUCAAUUGACCUUGACUUUGUGGUCGAAUAUGUUGAACCAACAUUUCUCAUUGAAUCAACCGAUUUAGAAGGACAAUUUUUAGAUAGCAUUAAAUUAUGUCUAAACUAUUUAAAAAGCGCUCAAAAUAAUAAUCAUAAACCUAAAAAUUAUAGGAAACAAUCGAGACGCGAUUCAAAAAUUCAACAUGAUGAACCUGAUCAUGAUAGAAUAAACGAUCAUAAUGAAACGAGAAAUUUUGAGCAAAAGGAAGAGGUACAAACUCCUAAUCAUAAUGACGAUAUCCCUCGACAACAAGAUCAGAAUGAUGAUCAUAAUAACAAUAUUUCAAGAAGAGCAUCUGUUUGUAGUGAUCAACUUUCCGUUGACCUAGGUGAUUAUGGUUUAGAUGGGGAUGAAGAUAUCGCGGACUACCCUGACCUUGAUGAAGAACGACACCUUGAUUUCGAUGAUGAUACAUACUCAACGUCCCCGAGGCAAUCAAUCGAUUAUGAUAUUGAUGACGAGGAAGAAUUGGAACAUCGUCGACGUGCAGAAUUUGAAAUGGCUAGUAACCAAACGACUUUAAAUGGUUAUGUACAUGAUGAACCGGAAGAGAUCGAUGGUAGAACAGAGCGGGAGGAGGACGAUUCUGAUCAAGAUGAGGAAGAAUCGGAUGACGACGAAUUUGAUGAACGUCGUUUACAUGAUCUCCCCCCGCAAGGUCCGGUUCCCGAUAUAUCUCAUUCGGAAAACCUUUGUCCAAAUUGUAAUACUUUACUUGCUCAAGUUGAUCAACAUCUUGAGGAACGCGCUUACCUUAAACGAGACCUUUCAGCCCUUGCUAUAUCCCUUUCGGAAGAGCAAACUAUUCGUGCUCAAAUUCAAGCCAGUAAGGAGCAUUUAGAACAAGAAAUUGAUGAAUGGGUAAAUGCAAUGUUUGAGAAAGUUAAUCAAAUGGUAUUUGAUGAGGCAAACGUACGUGAAGAAUUGGAAAUCUUAAAUAGAGAAUGUAAAGGAAAAUUAAAAAAUUCAAUAAAAUCUUCGGGAACUCGACAAGAUCGUUUAAGAGAAUUGAAAUUACUAUUGGUUCAUUUGGAUACCACUAAACAACGACAGACACCAACACCAAAUUGUGUUGGUGCAUUAAACAGAAAUUCUGUUCGAAGAAGUUUAAUGUCAAAUUCUCCUAUAAACAGCCCUCGUUCAAGCAAAGUGUUUGGAAACUUUGGUCAUAUGUCACCUAGCAUCUUUUCCGUGGAUGAGUACAUUCAAAAGGGUCGACGCGUAUACAUUGAUGGGGUUGUGUUUGAAGAAUUCCAAGAAUAUGUGAAAUCGUUUAUAACCUCUCCUGCUCCUACAAAUUCAACACCAACUCACGCAUUUAUGAAACGUUGUAUGGUUGAAGAUAUUCAACCUUGUCUUUUUGAAGGGAGCAGUGGUUGGAAAUCUCCUUUCUAUAAGAGACGUUUAUUAGAUGCUAUUAUGAAAAAUCAAUGUGAAAUUCAAACAAUUUAUUACAGUUCUUCGAAUUCUGUACCAAGUACACCGUUAUCCAGUCAAAUUAGUUCCACAUCAAAUCCAAGACAAAAUAGUUAUCAUGAACCACCUCCAUCACCUAAAGUCAAAUGUAGUCUUUGUGGUCAUGUAAGAAGUUGUGAUUUCCGUAUGAGACUUUCUGGGCCCGAUGCUGUUGUACCACCAUCAGCCACGACAAUCUCAUCAUCAUCACAAACAUCAAGAUUCUCCGUAACUGGGACCCCCGGUUGGAUUCCUCUUGAUCGAUUCUGUAGAGAUCGUGUGGUUGCUGUAUGCGAUUUCUAUACUUACCUCUCUCACUUGCGUCAAGGAUUACUUGCCAAUUCUGCUGUUUGGACUAUGUAUAAACAAUGUCUCAAACAUCGUAGGAAGAUGAGUAUGGCACGUGUUGGUAGCGUGAGCAUGUUUGAAGAAGAGGAAGCUCUCAACAAUGAAUUAUUGAACAAUCCUGAAAUGGAAGGCAUGGUUGUCCUCGUUCAUUAA